GAUGGUUUAGACGGAAUGAUAACAGAGCGAGAAAUAUUGUUGACCGCGAGUGUUUGUUUUGAACCCGGCAUCAACAUGAAGCUGGACGACGCCGCGUGCUUCUCUACCUCAGCCUCACACAAGAGAAAAUGUGAAUUUGACUGCGAGGACCGGCGAGCGAAAAGACCAUUGGUGCAGCCAAGGGUAAUGAUUGAUAUCGAUGUUCUACAAGCACGAGUGCAACAAGGUCGCGUUGCCACUCAGAUGUUAAGCCGACGCAAUAAUCAUGCCAUUAUGUAUCCGGUGAACUGUGACCCUAUUGAUGGGGUGUCACCUAACAUCCAUGCCAUGCAGGUUAAUCGCACCUAUUGUCACCGUUGUCUUCAAGGAGAGCCGGGUCAUUUUCGUCACAUCCUUGAAAAGUAGCUGCUGAAGACGCUUUUAUUCACGAGUACCUGCCCUAAGUUAAGACGGGGGGGGAACCAGAGAACAACUGAAGGGACUUUGACAUACAUAGACAAGAUAGAUAGUUGUGCAAUAUCGGGAACGUGACAGUGGUGUGAAUACAGUAUUCAACGUUGGGAAAAAACAUCCCAGAGGGAUUCUAAACGGGUCUUGUGACAAAGCAAGGUUUUUCGCUUCUGAUCUUUGUACAGUAUUUACUGUCAGUAUUGUCCCUUUAUUCAGAGACGAUUAUCAAAGUUGCAUAAUUGUUCAGUGUUGCCAGUUUUCUGAAGUUGUAUCACAAAAUUAGGUUUAUGUGAACUAAUCAAAUUACUGAUAUGAAAACCCCAUUUUUUGCUUAUAAUAUUGUGUACAGUAUAUCUGCAUACAUUUCUGCUGGUGCAUUAAUUUAUUUCACAUGGCUGCUAUAAGUUUAGGUUGAGUUUCCUCUCAAAUAUUAAUGAAUAUAUAAUUUCUUGAGAUGUGGAUUAUAUAAGUUGAUGUUUAAUGUAAUCUUUCAUGUUUAUUUUCUCCUAACCUAUAACCAUAUACCAUAUUGUUAAGUGUAGAAGCACUUUUAAUAUGUUAGCAUUGUGACUGAUCUGAGGUUUACGUGACAAAUGUAGCAAAUGUGAGAAAUGCAAGAGUUUGAUUUAUCAAUACUGUAUAGAGGUCUUGUUAUACAAAAUGCGAAACCUCUGCCUAGAGGGUAUUAUCUGGCAUAUAUAUAACACUUUAAUGCGAUAGUUCGUGGAGACUCAUUUUUAUUUUAUUUUUGUUUUGUGUAGCAUUGAAUGGGUUAGGGUUGGGCAUUUGUAAUUACCCAAAAUUACAAAAUUUGUUAUACAAAUGAGUGAAUCUAAUUAACUAGUCUAUUAUUAACUGUUCUUGUCUGCUUAAUAAAAAAAGGCAAUUAAUGUUAGAGGUUUUUGUGUGUGAGGUAUUGUUGUUGUAGUUUAGUUGAGGUAGUUCUUAAUGUACCUCUUAGAUUAGUUGAGGUAGUUCUUAAUGUACCUCUUAGAUUAGUUGAAGUAGUUCUUAAUGUACCGCUUAGAUUAGUUGAGGUAGUUCUUAAUGUACCUCUUAGAUUAGUUGAGGUAGUACUAGGCUAACCACAUAGAUUUUGUUAGAUUUGUACAAAAAAUAGCAUUUGACAUGAAGUGUAAGAAUUUAUUUGGGAAGAGCUCAAAAUGAAUGUGAAUCCCUUACCCUGACCCUUUCUGCAUGACUAGGCUAAGUUGCAAUAUUUGGUUCACAAAGAUAUUGGUGCAUGUGCCCAGUCAGCCUUCUAAGGUACAAAAUCUACAUGCCAUUUUUUAAACCUGUAACGGAUCACAAUUACAUUUCUCAAAUAAAUAGUUCAGCUGCAUAUAAA